UUUCAUGCUUUCACGAAUUUUUUAAAAUUCCUUUUUUUAUUUAUUUAAACUUUGUUAGUACCCAGAAUGUCUUCCCUCUACCGUCACCUAAAAUACUCCCUUCAACCCCUUCGUCGUUCGUUCACAACCCACAAAUCCCUCACAGAUGUCCACCCAUCUGUCCAAAAUGCUCUCAACAAACAACAACCAAUUGUUGCUCUCGAAUCUACAAUAAUAACUCAUGGAAUGCCAUAUCCACAAAAUCUCGAAACUGCUCUCGAAGUCGAAGAAAUCGUUCGAUCACAAGGAGUAACUCCUGCCACAAUUGCAAUUCUUAAUGGAAGAAUUAAAGUCGGUUUAAGUUCACAAGAUCUCAAAGAACUCGCUUGGACAGAUCCAAAAAAUGUCAUCAAAUGUUCUCGACGAGAUUUACCAGUUGUUGUGGGUAAUUCUCUUUCAGGAGGAACAACUGUUGCAGGGACAAUGAUUAUUGCCAAUAUGGUUGGCAUAAGAAUCUUUGCAACCGGUGGAAUUGGUGGAGUACACCGUGAAGGUGAAAACACCAUGGACAUAUCGGCUGACUUGGUCGAACUGGGUAGAACUCCAGUUUGUGUGGUUUCGAGUGGAGUCAAAUCGAUUUUGGAUAUUCCAAGAACUUUGGAAUUCCUUGAAACUCAAGGAGUGUGUGUAAGCACUUUCAGAAGUCCUGGGGGAUGCUUCCCAGACUUUUACACCACUGACAGUGGUUGUAAGGUUCCUUACAAUGUAGAUACUCCUGACGAGGCUGCCAAACUUGUCCAGUCACUAGUUGAUUUGAAACUUGAGUCAGGAAUGUUAAUUGCAGUUCCUGUUCCCAUUGAGCAUGCAAUGGACAAGCAGGAAAUCAAUGAAGCAAUUAAAAAGGCUCUACUCGAAGCCAAAGAGAAUGGAAUUGAAGGAAAAGCUGUGACUCCAUUCCUUUUGGCAGCCAUCUCGAAGUUGACUCAGGGAAAAAGUCUUGCUUCUAACAUGGCUUUGAUUAGAAACAAUGCCAAAGUCGCUGCUCAAAUAGCAAAAGCUUAUUGCAAAACUUCCUCACCGAGAAGAUGUGAGUCUGGACAGAAUCCUCCCGUUGUGAUAGGAGGUUCUAUUCUUGAUCUUUCAAUGACUCUCCAAGAUGACUUUAAAUUAGAUGGUGCAACCUACGAUGUAAGAGUCAAACAAACUGCCGGAGGAGUUGGACGAAACCUGGCUGAAGGAAUUUACAAACUUUAUGGAUCAGCGAAUUUCAUAUCAGCAAUUGGAAAUGAUGAGUUGGGAGCAAGUCUCCUGAACCUAAUACCAGAGCCAUUGACUGCUGAUAUAGCUAAAGUUCCAAAUAAAUCGACUUCACUUUGCUCAGUGAUAUUUGAUAAAUGUGGAGACUGUAAAAUAGUCUUGGGAAAUAUGGAAAUCCAUCGAUCGAUUAGUCCGGAGUUGAUAUUGAAAAACGAAGACAUUUUGUUUCAAACUCCUCUCAUUGUUAUGGAUGCUAAUUUGCCAUUAGAAACAAUGGAAACUCUUUUGACAAUUGCUAAUAAGCAUAAGAAACCUGUUUUCUUUGAAACAACUGAUAUGCGAAUAGCAUCGAAACCGUUUAGUCUGCCAAAAGAUAUCUGGCAUGGAAUUAAAUUCAUAUCGCCAAAUCUUUAUGAAUUAGUUGAGAUAUCGAAGAUUUUAACUGGAAAAGAAAUGAAAAUUCCUCACGACAAUCACAAGGAAUUGCUACCAUUUGCCAAAACAGUACUUGAAUCUGUUCAUGAGCAUUUCCAUUGCAUUUUAUUGACCUUGGGAGCACAUGGGGUUAUUGUUGAUAGGAGAAAAAAUAAAAAGCUAUUAGAUACUCUGGAAGAUAAUUCGUCAUCGUCCGUUGAACGUUCAAUUCGAUUUUAUCCCACCGAGAAGAUUACAAAAUUAGUUAAUGUGUCUGGAGCUGGUGAUAGUUUCUCGAGUGGUUUUAUUGCCAAUAUGUUGCGGGGCAAAUCUGAAGAAGAAUGUAUUGCUUUGGGAUUUUUAGCUGCCAGGAAAGCUUUACAAACAGAGGGAGCUGUUCCUAAAGAGUAUUUUGACAAAGAACCUAUUUUAGAUGUUGCCAAGUGGAAGGAACUAUAGUUGUAUACAUAAUUUAUGUAUUUAGAUUUUUUAAAAAUAAAAGCUUUAUUUUUUCUAUAAAUUA